UAUUAACAGGAAAACGCUGAAGCACAAAACAGGAAGUGGGAAGCCGCUGAUAAACAGAAGUCUUGAAGUUGUGUGACAUUUGAGAGAGAUUAGUGUAGCUGAAGGCGGAAAACUUACAUGCCAUAUAAUCACAAAUAUAAUUCAGUUAUAUGAAAUGAAAGGCGCGCUGGAGCUUCUGCAGAGGGUGAGCGCACACCCGGAUGCGCGGUGCUGGUUCGUCGCAUGGAACCCGGCGGGCACAUUGCUUGCGUCCUGUGGCGGGGACCGUGCGAUAAGAAUAUGGGGUAAAGAAGGAGACAGCUGGGAAUGUAAGUGUGUCCUGGCUGAUGGACACCAGCGUACAGUCAGAAAGGUGGCUUGGUCUCCUUGCGGGAAAUAUCUGGCAUCAGCUAGCUUUGAUGCCACAACAUGCAUUUGGAAGAAGACGAAUGAUGAUUUUGAGUCGCUGACAGUGUUAGAAGGUCAUGAGAACGAAGUCAAGUGUGUGGCCUGGGCUCCGUCUGGAAACUUACUGGCCACCUGUAGCAGAGACAAAAGUGUUUGGAUCUGGGAAGUGGACGAGGAGGAUGAAUACGAGUGUGUAAGUGUUGUGAAUUCACACACACAAGAUGUGAAACAUGUCGUUUGGCACCCGACACAGGAGCUUCUCGCAUCAGCCAGUUAUGACAACAAAGUGUGUAUUUAUAAAGAGGAGGAUGAUGACUGGGAAUGUAGAGCCACGUUGGAGGGUCACGAAUCCACCGUUUGGAGUCUGGCCUUUGACCCUGAAGGACAGAGAUUGGCGUCUUGUAGCGAUGAUCGUACCGUGAAGAUCUGGAAGGAGUCGACGCCUGGAGAUGGUUCAUCAGAUGAGUCCUGGAAGUGUGUAUGUACCUUGUCUGGAUUCCAUGGGAGAACAGUAUAUGAUAUUGCAUGGUGUCGUCUGACCGGUGCCCUGGCCACAGCGUGUGGUGAUGAUGGAGUCCGUGUGUUCAGAGAAGACCCCACUGCUGACCCAGAGCAGCCCGUCUUCUCCAUGUCAGCCCAUGUGCCCAAAGCCCACAGUCAGGACGUCAACUGCGUGUCCUGGAACCCGAAGGAGGCGGGACUGCUGGCCACCUGCAGUGACAACGGAGAAUUUGCCAUCUGGAAGUACAACUCUGAUUCCUGAGCUGGUGAAUGACACUCGAACAAACAAGAGCACUGAAUACAUUUCAACUUCUCAAGUGGCUCAAGGUCAUAAUGGCGAACAAUAGCUGUUUUUAUUCGGGCUGUAAGUGAGGAAACUGUGUGUUUUGGUGGCACUGGUGUAUUUGAAGUGUAUUGAAAGACAAUACACUCUUUAACUCGCUUCAUUCUCUGUUAGUGUUUUUGAUGGGUCAGCUGUAACUUAUCAAAACGUCUUUUGUCAGUAUGGAUGUAUUUUAGCUUUAUCUGUGGCUUAAAAUACCUUCAGUGCUUUAUUUAAAUAAAGCUUUUUGAUUCUGAAGAUAAAAAAUCAUGUCCCAGAACCAUCCAUUUAGAUUGAUAUUAACUGUGUUCAGAGUCUGUUUAGUAGUGAAUUCAUCUUUAAUUGUGUUAAAGUAAUAUUCCACUUUGAAUAGACCUUAGGGUAAAUAUUUAAUUUUUGACAGGAAUGAAGGCAAGGCUGUGACGGACUGAAGUACAACAACAUGCUGAUUGAUGCAGUGUGUGCCGUAGUAAAGACUACAAGUUUGUCUUUUACAGCCUCAUUUUUUAACCUUGUUAAAUGAAAUGUGACGUCUAACCUGACUAAGAUGCAUCUGAGUUCAAACAUACAAUGAUAAAGUCAUAAUAGAUGUUUAUGGACAUUCGAGAAGGCUCUAAAGUAUUUCUACCAUUAAAAAAAAAAAAAAAAAAAAAAAAGUACAAAAUCUCUAUUCAAAAAUUUGUUUUAACUAUAAAGUUCUUUUAAAUCGUCCUUUUAGCAGUGUAAUUUU